GUUUUAAAUGCAGGUCUAGGAUUUGUUGGUCGUAACCUUGUAUGUUAUCUUGUUGAGCAUGAGUUGUGUUCUAAGGUAAGAAUAUCUUUGUUUGAACCACUGGUAAAGGCUACCCCUAUAAUACAUGGCAAGGAAAAUAUUUCAAAAUACCAAUGUACAAACCAACUCACCUGUACACUGUAGCAGGUGGGUCAGUCAAACAUGAGCAAAGAACGUUAUUUUAAAACAAAGGACUUAACAUCUGCAAUUUCUAGGAAGAAUAAGCAAACAUAUGUCUAACUUGUAGGACUGGCCUGAAAAAUUGGCUGUUUGGACUGCAGCUUUCCAACCCUCCUGUACUUAAAGCAAUAGAUUGAGAACACCCUCUGUUAUAAAAUACAAUUUUUUUUUGUGACGUGGUGAAUUUUGCAAAUAUUUAUUACUGAAGUUGCCAGUUUAUCUACCAAUUUUUAGGUUCGGGCAGUUGAUAAAGUUCCACCGAAGACUGCAUGGCUGAAUGAAAGACACAAAGUAAGUUAGAAUAAUUAUUCACAACUCUGUAACUACAUUUAUAUAGCUUUGACAGUGCUGCAGAGUUUUAUCUAUUUUUUUUUUAAGUUGGAGGGUAUCCAAUGUUCAGUAUAUAGGCAGAGAAAGUUUGUUUGAAAAAAGUGGUAAAUUUUCUAUCUUGCAUGAAGGCAGAGUACACUGGUGCCUGCUGGUCCCAGGUCACUUCUAAUAAAACCCCAGUGUUUUCACUGAUGACUCUGCAGAGAUGUUUUCCAGUAGCUAUUCAAAGUUUUUGUGUGCAGUUACAGGCCCUAAACUUAAGUCAACUAAUUUUUGAUCAUCUCAGGGGCUAGGGGGUGUAGGUCUCUCAUGUCACCCAUAUUAUGGGUAUUGGUGUUCACUGAUCUCUACCCACGGCAGUCACCAGUGAGUUGUCAAUGUAACGUACUAUUUUGGUAUUUCACAUUUAUUGAUGGUGAACAAUAUACUGGCAAACUCGACUAAAAUUACAAUGAUGAGCAAUAUGAGUUUCUCAUUUACCGUUGUCAUUUUAUCAAGUGACAUGAACGUUUCAGCACUAUAUAGCCUAUAACUAGUAUAGAGGAUAACAUUUUGAAGUUCUUAUAUGUGUGGCUUUAAUAGUUCCUGCUACAUACAGUAGAUGGUUGUAAUGAUCAAUUAUUGAUCUGGGUCACUGUAAAAAACUAUUUUUGCAGGAAGCUUUUCACCACAGUAAUGUGGAGUUUAAAAGUGCGAAUCUAAUUAGCCCUGGUAAGAAUCAGCUGAAUACUAUUAUUUCUUUAACUUUUAAACAAGUAAAAAUGAGGCAUAAAGUUGAGGAAACUUUGUAAAAUUUCUAAGAAAUCCUCAAAUUUCCUGCAGAGAUUUUUUUCAUUUUUCCUUCCCUCAUAGUGGGCCCAGGGUGCCAAGAUGAAAAUUUAAAAACUAAGUUUUUUAAUAAUUGCCCUUUGAGCAAGCUGUUGCUUAGGCUUGCUCAAGCUCAGAGCAAUAGGCCAUUUGCACUAUCAGGCCAUGUGACAUCAUUUUUAUUAAAAUGAAAGUUAUAUGAUUUUGCCUUCCAAAAACCAUUAGUGGGUCAUAUCUUAAACAAAAUAAUAGUGAUUUGGUUUUUCAAACCCGCACCAUUUUCUUAAAAUGAGUAAGUUUGGAGCUGGUCACGUGACCAAAGUGUGAUUUUUAAAGCUAUGAAUUACCUCUUUCUGAACAGAAAUUUUGCAUUUAAACUUCAAGGAAAUUGUUGAAAAGAUAAUGGUGGUAGCGUUUACAGCACAUCUGAGCGUAACUAUCAAACAUUUAACAAGAUACAAGCAAAAAGAAGUUUUGGCCGCCAUGUUGGAGGGCAAAGGUGUGCCGUCCAACAUGGUGGCCAUUACACUACAUUACUUUGUUGAAAAAUGAAAGUGCCAUAAAAUAUCUCCCUUAAAUUUGUUUCCUCUCAAAUUUUGGGUGUAAGAUAAUUUUUAUGUGCUCAGUCAAUUUUUGGCAUCAGCAAUUAAGAUUCCAACUCAUUGUUUAAAGGAAGCAUUGGUCACAUGACUUUGUAUUGUAUGUGGCCUAUCAUGCAAUCUUGCCAAUCUUGCCAACCUCCUUUUUCACUUGCAUGCUCUUUAUCUCAGAAAAUGUUACCUGCCAUGAGGCCACUUGCAAUUUAAUUUAGAGUGCAGUUGGUUGCUUGACUAGUCUCAGGCUAAUCAGGCAGCAGUUUUGUUGCACCCUGAAAUUUAUCAAAUGCAUAGUAUUUACUGUUUCUCGUUCUAACCUCUUUGCCUGAUUUCUGUAUAGUCAGUGUGGAGAAAGCAUUUUUGGAUUCUGAAGGGGAUUUUGACAUUUGCAUCAAUUGUGCUGCAGAAACAAGAUAUGGGCAGUCUGAACAGGUAGUCAAGUUAGAUCUUGUCUUGUUGGGACAUAACAGAACAAUUUCGCCCACAAACAUUAAACUUUUGCUCAAUAUUGGGCAAGGGGCGGGGGGAGGAAGGAAAAAAGAGCUAAA